UCUUAAGUUAUUAGAUGCAUCGUCACCUGUGAUUGUUAACUAACACGUGAUAUUUAUAGUUCAUAUAUGGAGUGUAUCUGGACGGAAGUACAUUGUAUAUACACUCUAAUAUUGUCUUUAAUGAUAACUAUACAUGUGUUAUUUAUAGAUCGUGUAUCUGGCCGGAUUUACACAGUAUAUACACUAUGUGGUUAACUAUACAGGUGGUAUAUAUAGGUCAUGUAUGGAGUUUAUCUAGAUGCAAAUACAUAAACUCUUUUCUAAAAAAAAGUAAAAAAAAUAAACUCUAAUAUAUUCUCUCUAGAAAACUUCGCCAUGAAUCUUUCUGCUAUCAUUCAGGGAAACGACAAUGACGCUCCGGCGGUGGGAAAUGAGUUUGCGCAGUUCGCCGCUGGAUGCUUCUGGGGCGUGGAGCUGGCGUUUCAGAGAGUCUCCGGUGUGACUCAUACGGAGGUGGGAUACACCCAAGGGACCCUCCACAAUCCUUCAUACGAUGAUGUCUGCACGAACACAACGAACCAUGCAGAGGUUGUCAGGGUUCAGUAUGAUCCCAAAGAGUGCAACUUUGAGUCUUUGCUUGACGUCUUCUGGUCUAGGCAUGACCCCACCACCUUGAAUCGCCAGGGAAAAGAUGUGGGAACCCAAUACAGAUCAGGGAUAUACUUCUACACACCUGAGCAGGAGAAACUAGCGGCAGAGUCAAUGGAACGUCACCAGCAACAAAUGGAGAGUAAGAUCAUGACUGAGAUUUUACCUGCUAAGAAAUUCUACAGAGCUGAGGAGUAUCAUCAGCAGUACCUGUCAAAGGGUGGGCCGUCCUGUGGCAUAGCCUGCAACAGUCCAUUCAUGUGCAGCGCUGCUACGGCUUAAAAAUGCUGAGUUUCCUCUGCUUAUCUACCAAAACAGAGGAUGUUAGAGACAGCUUGUUUGUUACACAAUAUGAACAUCAACCAAAUCCUUAAUAAGUGUAACAGGUUACUUUCGUUUUUCAUGUUAGAGACUAUAUAAAUGUCUAUUGAUGUUAUUGAAUUAUUGAUUGUUUAGAUUUUAGUGAAUCUUAUGGAUGAAAAAAUAAUAUGAUG